CCUUGAGUUCUCAUUCAAAACCCAGAGUUACGAUAUUAAAUUUAGUACAAGCUGAGCAGCAAAUGAUUGUUAAUAAACUGAAAAUAUGGCUGUUUUAACGACGCUUUCUCUAAAUACUAUUGAGGAAGGAGAUAUCAGCAAUGAGAAAUCAGAGCCCCCGCAUACAAAUCGUGCUAAUGGAGUCUCGAUGCGUUCCCUUAUCAAGGGUGCCAUAGUCAUAUUUACAUUUAAUGCGUUUCUACUGUGCCUGGGCUAUCUCAUUUAUCAAUAUAUAAGCGCCUUGGAUGACAAAAAGAGGACGAAGGUAGGCAAUUGGAUGUGCAGUCUGGUUGGUGUUGUCCUUAUGAUCGUAAUGUAUCGAAUGGGGGACAUGUCUAAGGGUAAUCCACAUUUUUACUACAUUUAGUUCAUACCUUUGCGAUAUCAUUUUCAAGUACAAAAUUGAUUCAUUUAAAUUCUUUUUCAAGUAAAGCUCGCAGGCUGUACAAAUUAAUUAAGUAGAACAAAUGAGAGAAAUCAUCUAAGUUUAUCAAAAUUAGUAUAAGUU